UCUUUUACGAAUCUUACUAUCAAACCCGAUUUACUACUUUGAAACGAAACGGAAAAACCGAAGUUAAAACGGGCCUAAUAGUUAUCAGAUAUUAAUCAGAACAAGAUGCCUUCCUUCAAGAAAUCUAUGGGCGUUAUGGCGGGACUGGCUGCUAUUGCUUGUGCUCUCCCAGCCCAACCGAAGUUGAACGAGAGACAAUCCCAAAUCUACAGCGUUGCUAAGCGACAAAAUGCGGCUGCUGCUGCUCUCGGUUUGGCAGAUGUCGAUAUCCUGCAAUUCGCCCUGACCCUGGAGUGGCUUGAGGCUUCUUUUUACCAGCAAGGUUUUGCCAAGUUCAGCGAUGACCAGUUCACCGCCCUGGGGUUAAACGCCCAACAGCUUAGCGACCUUAAGAGUAUUGGUUCCAGCGAAGAGUCCCACGUCGGUCUGCUGCAGAGCUCUAUCGCACAGGCUGGUGUCCAACCUGUCCAGCCCUGCGAGUACAACUUUGGCUUUACUGAUGCCGCGGGCAUGGUUGCUACUGCAUCUAUCCUAGAGAGUGUCGGCAUUUCCGCCUACCUUGGUGCCGCGCCCCUUGUAUCGGACAGCAAGAUCCUCAGCACGGCUGCGUCCAUCCUCACCAUCGAAGCCAGACACCAGUCUUUCGUGCGCAUCGCCUCGAAGGUCGCUGCUUCCCCAUCCCCCUUCGACACACCCCUAGGCCCCAAGGCCGUCUUCUCCCUCGCCGCGCCGUUCAUCAAGUCGUGCCCGGCCGGCUCCAACCUAAUCCUAACCGCGUUCCCAACCCUGGCGAUGACCAACCCGGCCCCCGCAGCCGGCGUCACGGCCCUCGCGCAGGGUACCAUGCUCAACUUCCAGAGCGACGCCGCCGCGGGCGCCAAGUUCUGCGGUUUCACGAACUCCGCCGCGCCCGGCGGCACCGCCUUCUCCGCCUUCGACCCCGCCCAGGGCUGCGCUCUCCCGCCGAACCUGGCCGGCACCGUCUACGUCACGCUCACCAGCGCCGCGGCCGCCAACGGCGUCCUGACCGACGAUAUCACGCUCGCGGGGCCGUUGGUCAUGAACCUCAGCUAAACAUCUCGAUACCUAACAUUAGGUACCAACCUACUCACCUACCUACCUUACCUAAUAUAACUACAGGGAGGGGAUUUGUAAAUAGGAAAAGCUUCGUCUACCUAAUAACGCAUCCCUUUUUUGAGUAAGGAGCCGCCGACAUGAGAGCGCGCUGGGCCCGAGAAGGAAAAAGAACUAGGCACAGACGGGAGGGCGGUUUUCGGUUCCUCGCACAAUAACCGUACUACCCACCAGCUUAGACAAUAUAUCUCGUUUGCGUCAUCGUCGGCCUGCAGCCUGCGCUCCCUGUUUGUAUGUAAUAUCCAGUGCCACGCGACAGGGCAUCCAUG